CUCUAUUCAGUAUCUUAUAUUUUGUAAUAUUUCUUGGUAUAUAUGAUUAUCUUAUUAAUUCUAAUUUAUUCUAAUGUAAAAUUUUAUGCAAAAUGAAAUUAUUUUUCGAAAAACCUAAUCAACACAUUAAAAUAUAAUUAAUAUUCCUAGUGUUCCUAGUUACAUAAAAAUCCAUCAAAGUUAACUUUGUUAACACAAAUUAUUAUUAUUUUCAUAGACAUUAUGCCUCUCAGUGGCGCCGAAAAAACUAGAAGAUAUAGAGAAAAGCUUAAAAGGGACCGCCCUGAAGAAUAUGCUGCUCAAUGUCAGAUAAAUUUACAAAAAAUAAAAACAAAGAAAAAAAAGAUUUCAGAAAUGUCUUUAGAAGAAGCAAAAGCACAAAGACAGACAUGGCGAGAAAAAAAAGAAAUAGUAAAACUCGAAACAAAAAAUGUAAAAACGGUACAAACGGUUUGAUCAAAAAUUUAAAGACUCGAAAUGAAACCUAUAAAAAACGAAAUCAGCGCAUUACAAAAAGAUAUAUAGAAAAGAUUGCAGAGUUAGAGAAUAUUAAUAAAAAAAUGAAGACGAGAGAGGAGAUUCUUGAAUGUACAUUAAAACGAACUUAUAAAAAUAGCAGAACUCACAAGGAAAAGAAAAUAUUACGUCAACUGGUGCAUAAUGCCGAAAAUAAAACCUAUGUUUCAAAUAAGCUGGGCUUAAUUUGUAAACCUAAGGAAAACAAAAAAAUAUUUAAGCGUCCGAAUAUACCGGAAAUUACAAAUUUUUAUUUAAGAGGUGACGAAAGUCGCAAUACAGCUGGACGAAAGGAAACUAGGACAAGAAAAAAAAUAAAAAAAACAAAUAAGAUACCUAUCUGA